CCGACCAUCACGUCUGCCGCAAACCAACAUAUCUAUUGUUUCCAUUUUUUAAGGUCAAUUGCAUGACUUUCUUUUCUAGUGCUAAUAACCACCAAAUGUUUGGAACUUGUAAAUGCGACACUUUCCUUUGAAUUCAAUCACUUCAAAGAAGCGUCCACUUUAUCUGUUCAACUUGAAAAUCAGAAACUCAACCAACAAUGGCGAUUUCGCUGACACUCUCAAAAUCUACUCUUCAAUGUUACGAGACACUCCUGUUCAUGGCAAUAGCUUUACUUUCCCAUUACUCUUCAAAGCCUGCGCUUCCCUUAAUUCUCUUCAUGAUGGUACAAAGCUCCAUGCCCACGUGCUUCAGCUUGGUUUUCAACAAGACAUCUUCGUACAAACAUCUCUUCUCGAUAUGUACUCGAAAUGCUCUGACUUGGCCUCUGCACGGAAUGUGUUCGACGAAAUGGUUAUGAGAAAUGUUGUUUGUUGGAACACUAUGAUUUCUGCUUAUUGUCGUUGUUUCCGUGUGAUGGAAGCAAUGAAUUUGUUGAAAGAAAUGUGGGUUAUUGGUUUUGAGCUGAAUGCUUCCACUUUUGUUAGUGUUAUAGCUGCUUGUACUAAUCUUCGACUAGGCUUAUCAAUGCACUGUUGUGUGUUCAAGCUUGGGUUGCUACAUUGCGAGAUACCUUUAGCGAAUUCGGUUGUGAAUAUGUAUGUUAAAUUUGGGUUAAUUGAUGAUGCUCGUUCUAUUUUUGAUACAGUGGAUGAAAGAUCGAUCCUUUCAUGGACUACUAUUAUUGGUGGCUAUGUAAGUGUUGGGAAUGUUGGGGAAGCAUUCAAUCUUUUUAAUAGAAUGAGACAAAUGGGGUGUGUUAGUCAAGAUAUGGUGCUGUUUGUUAAGAUCAUUUCGGGUUGUGUGAAAUCUGGGAAUUUGUUAUUGGCAUCAUCAGUUCAUUCCCUUGUUCUAAAAAGUGGAUUUCAUGGUGAAGCUUCGAUCGAUAACUCGGUUCUUAAUAUGUAUUCAAAAUGUGGUGACAUUGUGUCGGCUCGACGAGUUUUCGAAAUGGUAGACGAGAAAUGUAUUUUCUUGUGGACAUCAAUGAUUGCAGCGAAUACUCAGCAUGGUUACCCUGCUGAAGCAUUGGAUUUAUUCAAGAGUUUAUUAAGAACCGAUCUUAAACCAAAUGAAGCUACCAUUGCCAGCAUACUCUCUGCUUGUGCUGAUUUGGGGUCACUGAGCAUCGGGAACGAGAUUGAACAUUAUGUGAAAUUGAAUGGUUUGGCGUCAAAUCAGCAGGUUCAGACCUCAUUGAUUCACAUGUACUGUAAAUGUGGGAGGAUAGACAAGGCAGAAGAAGUAUUUGCAGGAGUGUUACAUAAAGACUUAGCUGUUUGGAGUUCCAUGAUAAAUGGUUACGCGAUUCACGGAAUGGGUAACGAGGCUCUGAAACUAUUUCACCGGAUGCAGAUAACCAAACCGUGCAGCCUAGAUCAUGUUGUUUUCACAAGCAUAUUAUUGGCUUGCAGUCAUUCAGGGUUGGUAGAAGAUGGGUUGAAGUACUACAAAAGCAUGAAAGACGAUUACGGAAUAGAGCCCGGAAUAGAGCAUUAUACUUGCUUGGUCGAUCUCCUUGGACGAGCUGGUCACUUUGACUUGGCUUUGAAAACCAUCCAAGAGAUGCCUCUGCAAGUACAAGCUCAAGUUUGGGCUCCAUUGCUUAGUUCAUGUAGGAAACAUUGUAAAAUCGAACUCGGCGAAUAUGUAGCCAAGAAGUUGUUAGAUUUAAAUCCCGGAAACACCAGCAGUUAUGUUUUGAUGGCUAAUAUAUAUACAUCGGCUGGUAAGUGGAAGGAAGCAGCUAAAACAAGAAGCAUGAUGAGGAAUAAAGGAUUGGUUAAAGAACCCGGUUGGAGCCAGAUCGAGAUCAAUGGCUCGGUACAUGUUUUUAUGGCCGGAGAUAGAUCACAUCAUCGGUCUGCUGGAAUCUAUGAAAAGUUGAAUGAGCUUAAUACAAAACUUAAAGAAGCUGGAUAUGUUGCUGAAACAGAUAUGGUAGUUCAUGACUUGGAAAAUGAAGAGAAAGAGGAGUCUAUGAAGGUUCAUAGCGAACGAUUGGCUGUCGCUUGGGGACUUAUCGGUACUGAGCCGGGAACUACUCUUACGAUCAUAAAGAACCUACAAACUUGUGGUGAUUGUCACUCGUUUUUGAAGUUUACUUCCAAGGUUACAGGCAGGCAUCUUAUUGUAAGAGACGGACAACGGUUCCACCAUUUUCAAUUGGGUUCUUGUUCUUGCAAGGAUUUCUGGUGAAGCUCUUGGGACGAUUUAAUCUUUGUCUUGAAAUGAACGUGGUCUCUGAAAAGACAUCGGGGUAUUUAGUGGACAAUGGCAAUGCGAGGAAGGCUCUGUUAGUCAUUUGGUGCUUGUGUUAUGUUGGGUUCAUAAUUUAAGCAUUAUAAAUUGCUGAAAUUAUCAUUCUGGUUCUGCUGUGAAGGGAUACCUCCCAUGUUACUGGGAUUUGGAUACGAGUGUCUAUACAAAUAUCUGUACGGCACAAAAAUGUUUGCAUGGUUUUUAAAAAUUGUAGUAAAAAUCAAUUGAAUAAGAUUGAAGCACAUUUCUCAUCACCAAGGAAAUGAAUUUGAUGAUGGUUUAAUUUUUCUUUUGGUGAUCA